GUGACUAUGGACCCUUUUGUUUCUCCAUUUUAGACUCUUGCUCUACCAUAGCCACAGGCCUUUUCCUUCUAUAUUGUGGUUGCUUUCUGGGUGUUUGAUCAAAGUUCAAAGUGAUAUUGGGAGUGCUUGAAUGAUGGAAACUAGCUCGGUUUCCAAGCUUUUUCUUGAAUUUUGUUGGGUUUUGUUUUUGGGUUCUCAAGUGAUUCAGUGCAGCGUUAGUUAUGAUAGGAAGGCGUUGUUAAUCAAUGGACAGAGAAGAAUUCUCUUUUCUGGGUCCAUUCAUUACCCCAGAAGCACCCCUGAGAUGUGGGAGGAUCUGAUACAGAAGGCCAAGGAUGGAGGACUGGAUGUGAUUGAGACCUACGUUUUUUGGAAUGUUCAUGAGCCUUCUCCUGGAAAUUACAAUUUUGAAGGGAGAUAUGAUCUAGUCAGGUUCAUAAAGACAAUACAGAAAGCAGGGCUCUAUGCUCAUCUUCGCAUUGGCCCCUAUGUUUGUGCAGAGUGGAAUUUUGGGGGGUUUCCUGUGUGGCUAAAGUAUGUGCCAGGCAUCAGCUUCAGAACAGACAAUGAGCCUUUCAAAAGGGAAAUGCAAGGGUUCACUGAGAAAAUUGUGGGACUGAUGAAAAGUGAAAAUCUGUUUGAGUCCCAGGGUGGCCCCAUUAUACUCUCCCAGAUUGAGAAUGAAUAUGGAGCAACGAGCAAGUUACUAGGAGCUACUGGCUAUAAUUAUAUAAAUUGGGCUGCAAAAAUGGCUGUGGAAACAGGAACUGGGGUCCCCUGGGUGAUGUGCAAGGAACAAGAUGCCCCAGAUCCAGUGAUAAACACCUGCAAUGGUUUCUACUGUCAUAAAUUCACCCCUAACAAACCUUACAAGCCAACAAUUUGGACAGAGACUUGGAGUGGAUGGUUCACAGAGUUUGGUGGUCCCAUUCACCAGCGGCCAGUUGAAGACUUGGCGUUUGCUGUUGCUCGAUUCAUACAAAAUGGAGGAUCCUUUGUUAACUACUACAUGUACCAUGGAGGAACCAAUUUUGGCCGCACGGCUGGAGGUCCUUUUGUCACCACAAGCUAUGAUUAUGAUGCUCCAAUAGAUGAAUAUGGCUUGAUCAGGCAGCCAAAGUACGGUCAUCUCAAGGAGCUCCAUAAGUCUAUUAAGAUGUGUGAGCAAGCUUUAGUUUCAGCAGAUCCAAUUAUUACUUCACUAGGGAGCUCCCAACAGGCAUACAUAUAUACUUCUGAAUCAGGACAUUGUGCAGCUUUUCUGUCCAACUAUGAUACAAAAUCUGCUGCAAGGGUGUUAUUCAACAACAUGCACUAUAACUUGCCUCCCUGGUCAAUCAGCAUCCUUCCUGAUUGCAGAAACGUAGUCUUUAAUACUGCAAAGGUCGGAGUUCAGACAUCGCAAAUGCAGAUGUUGCCAACAAAUACUGAGAUCUUCUCAUGGGAGAGUUAUGAUGAAGAUAUUUCUUCUCUAGAUGAUAGCUCCACAAUGACUGCUCUAGGUCUCUUGGACCAGAUGAAUGUCACAAGAGAUGCAAGCGAUUACCUGUGGUACAUUACUAGUGUUGAUAUUGGUUCAACUGAGUCGUUUCUGCAUGGAGGGGAACUCCCAACUCUCAAUAUUCAAUCAACAGGCCAUGCUUUGCAUGUUUUUAUUAAUGGGCAGCUUUCAGGUUCUGCCCAUGGAACAAGGGCAAAUAGGAGAGUUACAUAUACUGGGAAGGUCAAUCUGCACCCUGGAAAAAAUAGAAUUGCGCUGCUGAGUGUUGCUGUUGGAUUGCAGAAUGUUGGAGGGCAUUUUGAGACGUGGAGCACAGGAAUCCUGGGUCCAGUUGCAAUUCAUGGACUUGACCAGGGAAAAUGGGAUCUAUCCAGGGCUAAAUGGACUUACCAGGUUGGGCUUAAAGGAGAGAUAAUGAAUCUUGUUUCUCCAAAUGGUAUUUCCUCUGUUGAGUGGAUGGAGGGAUUAUUGGCAGCACAGAGGCAGCAGCCGUUGAGAUGGCAUAAGGCUUACUUUAAUGCACCUGAGGGAGAUGAACCUUUAGCUUUGGACAUGGAGGGUAUGGGAAAGGGUCAAAUAUGGAUUAACGGACAGAGUAUUGGGAGAUAUUGGACUGCAUAUGCAAAAGGCAACUGCAAUGGCUGCAGCUAUGUUGGGGUAUUCAAACCACCCAAGUGUCAGCUUGGAUGUGGCCAACCAACUCAGCGAUGGUAUCAUGUUCCCAGGUCUUGGUUGAAUCCAACACAAAAUCUAUUGGUAAUUUUUGAGGAACUUGGAGGGGAUCCCUCAAGAAUCUCUCUUGUGAAAAGAUCAGUUGCCAGUGUUUGUGCUGAGGUCUCCGAGUAUCAUCCAACAAUUAAGAACUGGCACAUUGAAAGCUAUGGAAAGGCAGAAGAGUUGCACAGACCCAAGGUUCACUUGCGAUGUAGUCCUGGCCAGGCCAUUUCUUCCAUUAAAUUUGCAAGCUUCGGAACUCCUCUGGGAACUUGUGGGAGCUACCAGCAAGGGCCUUGUCAUGCUCCCGCUUCACAUGAAACCUUAGAGAGGAAAUGCAUAGGCAAGCAGAGAUGUGCAGUCACCAUAGCCAAUAGUAACUUUGGGCAGGACCCAUGUCCAAAUGUGCUGAAAAGGUUAUCAGUUGAAGCUGUUUGUGCUCCUAUAACUUCUACAACCGGGCAACAGAACUGGGGGAAUUAACUAGGUCAAAUGGACAUACAAAAUGUUCCGUAAAUUAUUUCAGCUGGUAAUUAACCAUACACCAACAGUGAAAGCAAGCAGAGGGAAAAAAAAGGGGAAAUAAGCGUUUAGAAGAAAUGUUUUCUGUGAGAUUAGGUUGAGUGCCUUAGCCUUUCGAAUGGAGAGCUGUAGUCAAAGAGUGCUACAUUUUUUAGGUAAUUAGUGAUUGAUUUUAAUUUAUUUUAAGUGAGUUCAGUAGAGCCAUGUAAAUGGGUGAUUAUAAGAUAUUGAGUGUCUUUACACCUGGGUUCUUGCAAUUUGGAUUCUAGGGUAAGUUCAAGUUUGUGUUGCACUCCCUGGGGGUUUUAACUGGACGUUGAAGGCAGGCAAGUGGAAAUAGAGAUGAUUUAUAUAU